AAAAGGAAGAAAGGCUAGCAGAGCCAGCCUCUCCCCUGCUUCGAUCGAGCGGCGAAAAGAGAAGGCAGGCACUGGCAGUCGCUUGCAAAAUCAAAGCCUUUUUUAACAUUUAAACUCUUUGGCUUCUUCUAGGACAUUUGUGCAAGUCUUUUGGCUCCAAAGAUUCCGUUUUUCAUUGUAUUCAGUUAUUCCAUUAAUUGCAGCAUUCCCUCUCAUCCUGUCAAUGGAAGCUCAGCGUCUGAUUUCUGGGUUUUGCUCAACCCCACCGAUUCAAAAUACCAAAACCCAAGUCUUUGUAAAAUUUCCCCUUUCCUCUUCUUCUUCUUCUUCUGCUUCUUUUGCUCAAUCCCAAAAAUGGGUCUCCUUCAAAGCUUGCCCUUCUAUUUCACAAAGUGCAUUGUCUGGGAAGGUAUUUCAGUGUAGGAACAGUGGAGAGAGAAUUGAGUUCCUUGCUUCUGAUAAAGAAGAUUUGAGAAGUGGGAUUAGACGGAAAAAGCUUGCGGUUUUCGUUUCCGGUGGAGGCUCCAACUUCCGGUCCAUUCAUGAAGCAUGUCUUCGGGGUUCAAUUCAUGGAGACAUUGUUGUUGUUGUCACAAGUAAACAAGGUUGCGGAGGUGCUGACUAUGCAAGAGAUAAGGGCCUCCCAGUUAUAUUGUUCCCCAAAACAAAACUUGAGGCUGAUGGAAUAUCUCCAGCUGACCUUGUUGCUACCCUUAGGAGUUUUGAGGUUGACUUUGUUCUCCUGGCUGGUUACCUAAAACUUAUACCAGCAGAGUUGAUACAAGCUUAUCCCAGAUCCAUACUGAACAUCCAUCCCUCACUUCUUCCAGCAUUUGGAGGCAAAGGUAAUUAUGGGAUGAAGGUCCACAAAGCGGUCAUUGCUACUGGAGCAAGAUACACAGGCCCUACAAUACAUUUUGUUGAUGAGCACUACGACACGGGACGUAUCCUUGCUCAAAGAGUUGUCCCUGUGCUUGCCAAGGACACUGCGGAGGAGCUGGCAGCAAGGGUUCUUCGGGAGGAGCAUCGCAUAUAUGUGGAAGUGAUAACAGCAUUAUGUGAAGAUCGGGUCAUUUGGAGGGAGGAUGGUGUUCCUAUAAUCCGGAGCAAAGAAAAUCCCAAUGAAUACAGCUAGCAGAACCGUAGGAUUUAAUUUUUGAAGGGCUUUGUCCAGAUGAUGUAAACGUCCUAUUACUUGGAUGCAUGCAGAUAUAAACACAAAAAAGAAGGGAAAGGGCCGGGGGCUAAGAAAGAGCUCCAAACUUAGACUAACAUGAUUUCUGUUCGUCAUGUAUGAGUAAAUUAGUCAGCGCUUGAUUUCCUGUUAAACUACAGGCUAUCUUUUUUGUAGAAUGGCGCGGCGAGUGUGUAUGCGUAUAUUUAUGUUUUCUCUCAGUUUGCUGCAUCAUCUGUACGAGUGUAACAUUCUUUACA